AACGCUCAGUAAAUUUGGCUUGUACUCCAAAUAAAGUAAAUUUUCGUAUGAAGUAAUUUUUAUUUUAUUUUUAAAUUACGCAACACAAAUUUCUAUUUAAACGAAGCGUGUAAGUUGCUUAACCUACGCCAACUCGUUUACUUAGAUUAGAUAACUCAAAAAUUAAAAUGAAAUGUGAAGCUUGAAGUAGAAUCGACUAUUAGACCAUAAAUAGUUGUAUAAGGAAGUGCUAAUUGUAAUGUUUCACUAAGUCAUGAAUAAUAUGGUUAAAUAUAUGCCAAAAGAGUUGGGAUAUGAAAUGUGUCAAAAAAGUUGUGAAAAAAAACACAGUUCUAGUUUUAGUGCAUUAAAUUCUAAGAGUAAGUGUUUAAAAGUAAAGAACGUUAUUAAAGCUAGAAAUUCACUACGCAAAGAGAUCAAAAAUGUUCUUACAAAAAACAAUAGAAUAUCAAACUUUCAAGUGAAACAAGUUGUUUUUGAUUUUACAAGGGAUGUUUCAAAAGAUUACUCUUUACAAGUUCACGACUUACAAGCUGACGGUCUAAAAAGCGAUAGUCUACUUAAAAAUGAAGAAGAAGAUGAAUUAGGUUUAGAUAUAAAGACAUUAUUUACAUGUAAAUGUGGUUGGUUUUUGUAUAACCCAUCAACUUUACCUUGUGGACACACAACUUGCAAAAGUUGUGCUGAUAAAUUUAUGACAUGUGUUGUAUGUGGUUUUAGUCUAACAAUAUCUUCAAAUAUUAGUUGUUUUUUGGAACAUAUCUUAUCUGUUUGGUUUAAAAAAAACUAUAACUGUAGUAAACUUAAAAAACAAGCAAUUGAACUCUAUAAAAAUAAAGAAUAUUUACUGGCUCUUGAAAAAAUUUCUUCGACAAAAUUAGAAAAAGAUCAUCAAGCACUAUAUAUUAAAUCGAAAAUAAACACCAAGUUAGGACAUCAUGAAGAGGCUUUAUUAGAUGCAGAUAUGACAUGUAAACUUAACAAUUCUUUAGGAAAAUACUAUUAUCGUAAAGGUAUUUGUUUUUCUAAUCUUAAAGAAAUGGAUAAUGCCAUUGAUGCAUUUCAAACAUGUUUAGAAGUUGAUCCUUUAAAUGAUAAAUUAUCCAAUAAAGUAUCAGUAGCUAUCGAAAAUCUUUUGUGUGCCUCUAAUUCAGAUAACCUGAACAUUUUACAAUGUUAUGGAGUUGUAAAUUCUAAAUUCUCUGACUGUCAAUCACUAUUUAGUUUGAACAAAAAUAACACUCAACAAAAAGAAAAUGAAAAGACAUUCAAUAAAACCAGUUCUGAAUCUGUUUUUUCUUUCAGCAAAAAUGAAGUGAAAAAAAACUUACAAAAAAAUAAGAUAAAAUUUUUUAAUGGAGUCCCACAUCAUCUCAUUAAAGAAGAAGACUUUGAGUGUAAAAUUUGUUAUGAUAUAUUUUUAAAACCUGUCACGACACCUUGUGGACAUGUAUUUUGUAAAAAUUGCUUGACACAAACAAUGGACCAUAAUCCGUGUUGUCCUAUAUGCAGACUUUCUUUGGUAGAAUAUCAGUCUUCUUCUAUGACAGAAACUUUUAUUAUUGAACAAAUUCUUGAAGAAUUUUUUAAAGAAUCAUAUGAAGAAAAACAGAACCAGCGGAAGGAGCGCAUGGAGCGGUUAUCAAGGGUUGGCAUAGAUGAAGAUGUUGAAGUACCACUUUUUAUAUGCGCUAUAGCAUUUCCUUAUGUUCCAUAUCGCUUGCACAUCUUUGAACCCAAAUAUCGGUUAAUGAUUAGAGAGUGUCUAGAAUCAAAAUCAAAAAAGUUUGGAAUGUGUAUACCCAACAACAAUGGAGAAAUAUCAGAUGUGGGUACUAUUUGUGAAAUCAUGAACUAUAAAGUUUUUCCAGAUGGACGUUUUAUGAUAGAAACUGUUGCCACUCAAAGAUUUCUUAUUCUAAACAAACAAUUUAUUAAUUCCAUGUAUUAUGGUAGAGUAACAUACUUUAAAGACGAUCUUGCAGAUGUUGAUUCUGCCAUGUUGACUGUUAUUUCUAGAAGUGUUUAUGAAAAACUUCUCAAUUAUUUCUCUUCACUUAAACCAGAAGAACAACAAGUUAUUUUAAAUACAAUUGGACCUCACCCUGAAUAUAGUAGUGAUUUUGAACUUUCCCAGCAUGGUAUUCCAUGGGUGUGGUGGGGUCUUGCAAUGGUACCAGUUAACCAAACAGCUAAACUUUUGCUACUGCGAUCUACAUCAGUAAUUGAACGAAUAUUGAGUUUACAAAGAUUUUUAAAAUUUCUUAGUAAAGUUUCUCUACAGAAUCCACAUAAUCAGUAGCUAAUUUAUUACAAUAAUUUAUUAUAAAUUCAUUUAUUUAAGUUUUUUCUUUUUUUAAUACAAUAUUCCCUAGAAAUUAAAUAGUACCCUAUUUAAAUAUUUUAUGUAAAAUCCUUCUAUAGAUCAUGUAUAUUUUUAUGUAUAUU